AUGGAGCUUCUUCCCUCGGGCCAGCAAAACGCCGUUGAGGUGUUAUGGGAGGACCAGCAGAAAAUCAACAAGUUUUCGUCCCUCAUUUACAAAAAAGAUACCCUUUCGGAGCGUCUUGAAAAGCUAAAAACAGAAAAAGAGUAUAUCGACGAUUUGGCCAUUGAAAUCGAGCUUUUAGACGAGGACGAGAAGAUCCAGUACAAAAUUGGCGAUGCUUUCGUUUUCUUGAAAGUUGAUGCUGCCGUGGAGGCCAUCAACAAGCAGAAUGAGUCCUUGGACACCAAAAUCUCCGAAUUGAGCGACCAGAUAGACGAAAUUGAAGACCAGCUAGCGCUGUACAAGAAGGAUCUUUAUGCUAAGUUUGGCAAUAACAUACAACUUGAGCGUUAA